AUGGGGCCGUUUAAACGCGCGCGCACCUCCGAGCGCGCGCGCGCGACGCCGUCGACGCGACCGACGGCGCGGACGACGUCGAGGGAGAUGUCCGUCCCGCCCUCGCUCGUCGUCGAGCGCGGUGAAGCGUUGUUUGCGAAUUGCGUCUUCGCGUUGGAUGACGUUCGAGGCGCGAUGGCGACGAGCGCGCUGGCGGAGUGUGAGAAGCUCAUCGCGCAUCACGGUGGUUCGACGCUCAUGGAGGGGGAGCGGAACGGUGCGACGCACGCGUUGGCGUCGCGGGCGAGCGAUCGGGAGACGUGGGACGAGGACGUGACCGUGGCGCAUCCGGAGUGGUUGCUCGCGUGCGCGAGAGAGCGUAAAAGGCUCGAUGUGUCGUCAAAUGUCUUGUUUCGACCGCCGAAGACGAUGGAUGGGUUGCCGGAGAUGAAGUCGUGCGUUGUGUCGCUCACGGGGUACGCGGGAGGGCGACGGAGAGACGUGGAGACGAUGACGCGCGUGCUCGGCGCCAAGUUUCAAAAGGCGUUCGAUCGCUCGGUGACGCACUUGGUGUGCUACGAACACUCGGGGGCUAAGUUUGAGAAGGCGAAAGAGUUCGGGAGUGCGCACAUUGUGAAUCACGUGUGGUUAGAGGAUUGUAUCUCGAGGUGGCAGCGCUUGGGGGAGUCGGCAUACUCGCGGAGCGGCAAGGAGGAGGACGAGUUGGCGGCGCAGCGCGUGCCGGAUAGCGAAGACGAGGGCGACUUGGUGAUCGGACAGACGUCGGUGGUUCCCGACAGCGUCGUCGAGGGCGGUUCGCACGAAGGCAAGUGCAAGUCGACGAGCGACGCGAUCACGGUGUUGCCGAACGUUUCCCAAGGCGCAGCGCCGUCCACGGGCACGAAGAAAACGCCGUCGACGAAGAAUAGAGGAGCGAGUCAAUCGAAAUCGCACAGCGCGAUUAAGCGAAUGAAUCGCUCUCCAGACUGGGAGGAACAGGUUAGACGAGGGGUGAAUGUCACCACGAGCGUGCGUAAUCGACUCGACCCGAGUUUGCGAAGAGCGCUGCAAGAUGGCUCGACGCAACCAGACUCAACGUUCACCGGCAUCGUCGGAAGCCCGAACGACGUCGAAAACGCGCUCGGUGGGAGGUUCGCUCCUUCGAACUCGUGGUUCGCCUUCGCAGACGACGCGGAUAACGAGCCAUUGACGGAUAUGGCCACCUUGGAUGACUUCUACAAUCUCGUGGCGCGCGGUCGACGCAGUUUUGGCGGAGACAACACGGACGAGAAACUUUACCAGAUCGAACAAGGAGAGUUGCGGUUUGAGGUUUUUGAAAACGGCAUAUCCGAGGCUCUGGAGGAAGAUUUAAUCAAGGAGGAAAGUCCGAUGAUCGUCCAAACGCUAUACAGUGGUACUGUCGUGAUUGUGCACAAACGUUACGCCAACUGCUGCGACGAAGUGAUGAGACUCGUCGACGCGUUGGAGCUUCAGCAGCGACAAGGUCCGAUCGGUAAGUGGAUCCAGGCCAUGUUACGAGUCGAGACUGCGAAGCAACUGAACGGGGUCGGAGAAGACGGUCGACUCAAGCCAGGUUCAAACGCGCUCAUGAAGACGUUCAAAAUGUACUUGCAACUCCAACACCAGAUGAACGAUACCGACCAGGCGCAGCUAUUCAACGAAAAUGGAGCGCUCGCUCCGGCUGAUAAAAUUAUCACACUUCCCGCUCGUGCGCCAGGGAACAUCCGAGGCAUCAUACUCCAAGAGGUUCAGCGACCACUGCGCGACAUUCUCGCCGGUUUUUAUGAACUUCUCGCUGGACCGACGGAGCCCGAUCCUACGCAACAGCCUUUGGCGAGUCAACAGUUCUUAUCUCAGAUGGAAAUGGAAGAGGAGGAGGGGGGAGCAAUGCCAGAGCUAGCGGAAGACGAAGAGAUUCACGAGCCUCCGGUGAUAUCUGAAGAAGUGGCUGGCGAUCCGGAAACUGCUGAGGAAGCACCAGCCGCCGCGCCGUCGCAGCACGAGACUCCGGCGGCGAUCUUGCGAAAGAGCUCGCGUUACGUGCCAUCGAACCCAUCCACAUCGAAGAAGAAGACAAAGUCGACGCCCAAGUCAGCUGCCACGCCCAAGGGAACCGUGACCAAGGUGAAAACACCAAAACACGACGAGAACGUCAAUACUACUCACCGCAAGGCGUACAUCACGCUGAGCGGUUUCAGCUCCGCCGGCAUCAAAAAGUACUCUGCCGUAGUGAGAAAAAUCGGGGGUAUCCUUUGUACCGGACACGAGUGGGAACCGUCGACCACGCACGUUGUGUUUGGCGAGCGUGGGAGUCGGUCAAUCAAAUUCCUAGCCGGUGCCGUUGCGGGAGCCUCUUUACUCGAUGUUUCUUACCUGGAUGCGUGUGCAGCAGCAGGAAAAGUGUUGUCCGUGACGACGGAACAUCUCUGGCGCGGAGGUCGCGGGGCUGAGAUGGGAGUCAUUAGCGCCCAUGCUGCCGAGCGAUGGUCCAAGGUGCCGGGUUCAACUGCUUUCUCUGGACUCUCCGUCGCCAUCGUACCAUUCGCCGCGCACGCGAGAAUCGAGCAGAAGAUGCUGGAUACUGUGUUGCGCGCGGGCGGCGCUUCAAUAUCGAUCGUUUCUCCAAAGGGUGACGUCUGUUUGACCCAGGCAGAGGUGCCAGACAUCGUCGUGUCGGGCCAAGUGGAAGACACCGACUCGCCCAAGGAUGUGCCGCGACUCGAAGCCCUGCUCGAGGGUGGAGUCGAUAGCGAUGUCGUCGUGGUAUCUUCUGAAUUUUUCAAGGCGUGGAUAUCCACUCCCGAAGCCGCGUUAGACGAGUACUGCAUGUUCGGUACGUCGCUUAAACGAGCUUGUGUUGAGAACGCCUUGGCAAAGCGCGGCGAAACGAUCAAACAGACCGCCGCGCCGCCAUCAAAGAACGCUCGCACGCCUGCUUCGAAACCAAAAGCGACGGGCAAAUCAAAAAACGCACUGACAACGAUUCCAGUGCCGAGUCAGCAACGCCAGACGAGAGCUAAACGCGCCGCAGAUGCGCCGUUGGCAACACGCGUCCGCUCGAAGCGUCGCGUCCCACUUGCGGACGCAUCAAACACUUAG